AACAGUGGCCUGUACUAGGAAAUACAAAAGUAUAAUUGUCCCGGGGUUUUGGCCAAAGAUCGAAGUUACUGGAAAAGCUGUGUACGAUAUUGUUAUGCAGAAGCGUCGUUUGUGGUUACAUUCCGUAAAAAGGUUUCGCACAUAAAACUAUGGCCACAAUAGUUCCUUCCAGAUUUGCUGGGUUGAAGAUCGAGGACGAUGACGACGAAUUUCGGAAACCUAAACAAAAACCAAAAUCAACGGCCAAUACAAAACCGAAAGUCGCAUCAACCGCGAAAACCACCGCUGCGAAUCAGUCUGCACAAUCGCAACAGAAGAAACAGAAACCAAAACCUCACAGGAACAAAUCUGCACAUCAAGCCGAGCAACAGGAGCAAAAGGAACAAUGGUCCAAGUGGCAGCAGAAAGACUCCGAACUUGUAGAGAAAUCCUACAUGACUGACCUCGAGCAAGCGUUAUUAUUGUCCAAAUUGGACUUCGAGGCUAACAAAACUAAAUAUGAUCAGGCUGAACAAGAAGCUAAACAGCCUACGGGAAAAGCAAAGAAACCAAAGACGCUCUCAUUACAAGAAUUCCAAGAGCAGGUCAACAAGGACGAUGCAGAAAAGGAGCAACAAAGGCAGCUCAAACUGGCCGAGGAAGCGUACAACAGACAGUAUUCAUUUUUCGAACAAAUUGAUCUCGAAACGAAACAAAUUGUAAGCAAGGAACAGAUAAAAUCUCUUUUCCAGGCAAGAGAUGUUUCUUCGCCCGCAUCGAAGGAUAUUAAAGAAAAUGGCAAAAAACACAAACAAGUUCAAGCUGCAAUAAACGAGGUAGAUCAACUUAAAGCGGAUAAUGUGUGCCUGAGGGAGGAAAUUGCAAUGCUGCGCGAUAGAUACAAAAAAGUGGUCAGUUUGCUGAAAAACGGAGAGAUGAAAGAGAAAACGGAGCUUUUGAUUGAAAUCGAGAAACUGAAAAAGGUACAAGAAGACAUGACGGCAGAAAUGACUGCGUUGUAUGGCGAGCUCGAGCAAGCAAAGUCCAAAUCCAACCAGGAUAAUAGUAAAGGCAAGGACAAGGCAACCACCCGUCGCUCGGUGCGAUUCGAUGCAUCAUCGGAAAAACCGUCUACCAACCCUUGAUGAGUCUAAAGCUGAAGUAAGUAAGUUGAAAGAUGCAAAUAAUUUUCUUAAUUUAAUUAAACAGGCGCACUUUUUGAACAACCCAUAAAUGAGUACGAAAUGAAAUAUGAAAGUGUAUUCAAACUGCAUAAAAUAAAAUCAAUUUCA